GGUGGGGUGGGUGAAGGGAGAGAGGGAGAGAGAGAGAGAGGGAGAGAGAGAGAGCGAGACUUUUGCACAGCUUGUCCAUCUUGUUAUUCCUGUGCCAGCUCCAGCAUGCAUGUCUGCCUCUCUGUUAUUUUGUUGCUUCGUGUCUGAAUACACGUCUCACUUUGAUUUCCAGCAUCUGCUUCUCAUCUAACAACUCAUUCAGCACCUCACCAAGAGGACACAGCAGCCGGCCGUCAUUCUGGAGGGAAAGGCCCCAGUUGAGUCCAGCAGGGGGGAUGGAGGAGGCGGGGAGGCCACUUCCUCCAGCCCCAGCCCUGCUGCCCUGCCUCUGACCCAGGCAGAGAGCGCCGGGCCCUGGCAGAGCGAGAGCCUGCUGGCAGAGUCCUGGUCCACGAUGGGCGACGUGGACCACGAGGACACCAAGAGCCUCGACAGCAGCGACGGGGUGGUUCUGCCCGGGGAGGAGAACCACUCCUCCAACUCUGACAUGGUCCACCUGGAGCGAGAGGAGGUGGAGAUGCUCGAGGAGGCGGAGAAGGAGGCCGCAGAGGAUGAGAGGGCAAGGAGAACAGAGGAAGAGGAGGAGGAAGAUGAGGAGCUGCAGACGAGUGUGUUGAGUGUCUUAGGCGGGGAGAAGGAGCUGGUGGAGCUCAGGGAGGAGGAGCAGGACCUCCAGGCCCCAGAAACUGAGGAGCUCCUGGUGUCAGCAGAGGAGCCGUAUGUGAAGAAGGCGCCCGCAGAGUUCAGGCAGGUGGUUCCCCCGAUGGCUCUGCCUCCUCUGCCUAUCGUCAGGUUUGAUCCCCCCUCCACGACGUCCACCCCGGUCCCUUCAAGCACAACCUCUGAAGCCGAGGAGCUCUAUUCUCUUCAGGGGCUCCACCCUCCGUCUAUCCUCGCGCCGAUGGCAGCCGAGCCCCCAGCAGAGAGUCUCGAGCAACUAAAAUUCUCACAGAUCCCUCUUUCAGAUGUGGAGGAACAUUCAGUUAAAGAGUCUCAGGCAGCACCUGAAAAGCCGGAGCCACAGCCCGCCGCUACCAAGACUGGCAAACCUCUGACCUCCACAGAGCUGCUGUGUGGAGGGGCUGCUUUAGUGGCCGUUGUUGGAGUAGUGGCGUACGGGGCUGUGGCCUACUGCAGAAAGUAGAAAAACCUCCCCUUCAGCCCUGAAUCACCCUUUAAACACAGGUCUUCUCUGUUUUUAAAUCUAUUCCAAACGAAUUAUUCCACUUCACUCUCUGAAUUCUGGAUGUUACUCUCUGACACUCUUUGUAUUGUAGUUACUAUUAGACACAUCAAUUUGAUUGUUUGGAUUCGUUUUUGUGCUACCUCAGCUCACAGCAGAGCUCAUGGCCUUUGUUUUUUCUCUCUUUUCAAUAGAUCUCUGAGUAAACGUAGCCAGUGAAAUGUAAAUCGAGAAUGUAAAAUCAAUGUAAGGUACAAUUUUAAAGACUCCUGAAACUUGAAA